GCUUUGCUGGCAGCCAUUUUGUCCAGCGUGCUAUGUGAUGUUUCUAUAUUUUAAUUAAUAUCGUAUUAUUUAAAAAUCCUGUUGUGUUCGGGUUACCAUUUAACGAAAGAUGGAGGCUGUGAGAGCUUUUAAUAAUGAGCUUUCUUCUCUGUACGAGAUGCGGCCUCCAAUAUCUCGAGCAAAAAUGGCCAAUGUUACAAAGUGUGGCAUAAAGGCCAUCAAGUUCUACAAACAUGUUGUGCAGAGUGUGGAAAAGUUCAUCCAAAAGUGUAAGCCAGAAUAUAAGGUUCCAGGCUUGUAUGUAAUCGAUUCAAUUGUGCGACAGUCUCGACACCAAUUCAACACUGAGAAAGAUGUGUUUGCUCCGCGGUUUACCAAAAAUAUUGUUUCAACAUUCCAGAACCUUUUUAAGUGUCCACCAGAUGAAAAGAAUAAAAUUGUGAGGGUUCUCAAUUUAUGGCAGAAGAAUGGAGUUUUUCCAAUGGAAGUUGUCCAGCCACUUCUGGAUCUAGCUGCAGAUCCAAACAAUGUAGAACUGGUGCUUACUGCACAGAGAGCAGUUGAACGAGUGGUUAGUGCACAGACCAAGUCUCACAGUUCUACAGCACAAGCUAGUAUCAUGGACAAAUCUCGUGUAGACCCCUCUAAAACUGCUGAUAACAUUGCCGCUACACAGAACGACAUGUUGGCUACCGUCACAAAACUGUUGCAGCAAACUGAUGAUCAAGGUAUAACAAGUUUAAGUGCACAGCAGCACCAAUUGCAGCAGCUACAGAUACUCCAGCAGCAACUGAUGCAGCAGACAGAAUUGAUGCAGAAACCUCAGGAAUCCGGGCCAGUGAUUGACAGCAAUCUGUUGGCUCAGAUACAGACUUUAACCAAUCAGCUGCUGAGUAAGACAGGGGGUAGUGUUUCAGACAACCCACCACCGGAACCUGGUUUUAAUAAGAAAUUGUUGGAUUUUGAUUAUGGAGAGAGCGAUGAUGAAGAGGAUAAAAAAGAGGGAUCUCAAGGAAUGCAAGGAUUUCCUAUGAGCAAUGUGCAGAAUAUUUUGAAUGAUCCCAAUUUAAUGCAUCACAUACACCAGAUGUCUCAAACGAUGCAGAAGAAUGAGAUCACAGUUCAGGAGCAAAUUCGUCAGCAAGUACUGCAGCAACAGCAGGAGGAAUUUGAUAAGGAAAUAAAGCAGGGUCCACCACCUGGCUUUAUACCUAUUGGAAUGCAGCGUCUUGAUGCCGUGCAACAACAGCAGCAAAUGCCGCCCCAGUAUCACAACUAUGAUCAUCCCCAGCCUGCACCCGACAGCUCGGUUGAUGUUGAGGUGAUUGACGACCGCGAUGAUGACAAAGAAGACAGACAUCGCUCUCACAGAGAUCGCUCUCGCUCAAGGUCUCCUAGGAAACGAAGACGAUCUCGUUCGAGGUCAAGAGAUCAUAGACGCAGAUCACGCUCUAGAGAUAGACACAGACGAUCCAGAUCUCGUGAUCGAGACCGAGAAAAAACUAAAGAAAAGGAAAGGGAUAGGAGGAAGAAAGGCUUGCCACCAGUACGAGAAAAGCAACUAAGUGUUUGUACUACGACUCUGUGGUUGGGCCAUUUGACAAAGCAUACAACAGAAGAAGACAUCCGAUCUGAAAUAGAAAAAUAUGGCACGGUUAAUUCAGUGAAUCUAAUUCCACCCCGAGGUUGUGCAUAUGUUGACUAUGCAAGAAGAAAGGAUGCUUAUAAAGCAAGAGAUAAGCUAGACCGGGGUAUUAGGAUUAAUGGAAAUGUCUUGAAGGUGUCUUGGGCACAGGGUAUUGGUGUGAAAAAUCCCGAGUAUAAAGACAUAUGGAAUGUAGACCAUGGUGUCACCUACAUUCCUUGGAGUAAGCUUCCUUCAGAUCUGAAUCAGCUUUGUGGAGGUGGCAUGAUUGACGAGGACACUUUGCCAGAUCAUCUGAAAGGAAUGAAGUUUGGUACGUCAGAAGAGGAAAGUCGUGAUGCACCUCCACAAGCUGAGCAGACUAAUAUUCCUCUACCAAUGGGCGGCCAGCCACAGUAUGCUGGACCAGUACCAGGUGUUGUGCCAGUUAUUCCACCACAGUUGGGAGUAAUGCCACCAAUGAUGAUGCCAAUGCCAGGUCAGAUGCCAGGUCCGAUGCCCCCUGGAAUGCCACCUCAGCACAUUCGUAUGCCACCGGGUCCCCCUCCUGGCAUGCCACCUCAGAUGGCUGGAAUGCCUGGAAUCGGUGGAGCACCUCCUUCCUCACAGCCCGUUCAACUGUCGUCGGUUCUGGGUGUGUCGUCGGCCAUAUCAUCAGCUCCACUGACGAUGUCUGCAGCCAGUGCUCAACUUAGUCAAGCCAUCCAGAGUAUCUUGUCAACUUCAUUACCCUCUGGUCAGCAACCGCAGCCUCCUACCGCCGCAGCCGCGACCAUUGUCGCUCAGCCCGCCAUUCCGCCACAGGCACGUUUUCAGGGAUUCAAUCCUGGCUUCAACCCCAACAUGCCGCCCCCACCAAACAUCCGCUUGCCAAUGGUUGGUCCAGGAAUGAUGCCUGCAGGACUAAGACCACAGUUCAUUCCCACCAGCAGCGCUGCUUCACCCGCACCUCGUGCUGCUGCUGUGCCGGCUUCAGAAUCCGAUCUGGAUAACGAUGAUGAAAAUAUGGAUAUACAGGACACAGAUGAACGAUCGUUGUCAAAUCCUGAAGUUCAGCCAACAGCAGUUCAGCCUGGAGGGGUUCCCGGCUUUGCAGUGUCCAGACCGGUUGGUCCAAUGCACUGUGGACCCAUGCUUCGUGGUCAGAUGGCACGUCCAAUGCUGAUGGGCCAGCAGCAUGGAAUUGGAAUACAGAUGCGGCCAAUGUUGCAGAUGAACAUGGGUGAACGGCCAAGGAUGAUGAUAGCCGGCGAUUUCAGACCGUCGGGACCACAGGCUGUGAUUGGGGCGGCACUGGGCGCUCCUAGGCAACCAGGACCUACCUCAUUAAUGCACACCGCUCCGGGAGUUUCAGACGGGAUGAGGCCUUUCAUGGCAAGUCCGAGGGGGGCACCUGGUAUUAAUCGACCUGGCCUGCUGGGACUGAGACCCGGAUUUCAGCGUUUUGGACCGCCACAGGGACACCCAGGUGCACCACAAAACUUCAGAGGUCCUCGUCCUCCGUUCAGGCCAAACGGCCCACCCAUUGAAAACCCAUUUCAUGGACGAAUCAACUGGACCCAAUUUUGGCCGCGGUGACAUUGACAUUGACAUUGAUGACCGUGAGUGUUUCAAUGGUCCCCGCCCACUGAUGGAUAUCGAAACAGAACCUUGGAAUCCAAAUGACCAAGAUAAUCCUCCCCCUCUGAAUAACUUUGGGAGAAGAGACUUUGAUAGGAUGGA